AUGGAAGUGGACCUGGACUCGCGCAACGCCAAGUGGAACCGUGGGCUGAAGCAGCGACGCGAGCAGGCCAAGUGCAAGAUCGAGGCGGAGCGUCAGAAGCGCGUGGCAGCAGCCAAGGCCCGUGAAGCUCUGGAGUCGCUGCAGCAACAGAAGCGCGUGGAGCGUCUGGCCGAGUCGGCGCGACAGGCGGAACAGCUGCUAGAGGAGCAGCGACUCACGGGCGGCAUCAAGUACGUGCAAGAGCUGCGGCCGUUUCCUACAAUGGGAGACGGAGACAAGAUCACGCUGCCGGCGUCGGCGCUGGAGGCGCUCAAUCCGCAGAACGCGCUGGAGCUUGGCGUGUUCACGUUCGAGCUGUGGGUUACCGAGAUGGGUACAGAGCUGAGUGAAGUGGGUACAGUCAAGAAAAGACGGACGCAUGCUGGAGUGCUGGAGUUUGUGGCUGAAGAAGGAACAGUGGGGCUCCCACCAAAGGUCGCUGCGUCGUUGUUUCGACAGAUGAAGGAGCAGCCACCAGCGACUAUUCACGUGCGCUUUGUGCGGUUAGAACAGGGCAAGUUUGCACGUCUGCAGCCAAGAGGAGACGGAUUUGGUGAUCGUCAGAUUGACUUGAAGCACCUGCUGGAGUGUGCGUUACAGACGCACACGACGCUGACGGAAGGCGACGUCCUGUUUGUUCGACAUGGUCGAGAAACGUUCGAAGUGAUUGUGUCCAAGUUGAAACCUGAACGCGCUGUUCGCAUCGUAAAUACUGAUCUGGAAGUGGACUUGAGUCCGUGUGAAGCAGUGGUCAAGGCUGCAGAAGAAAAGAAGCGGUUGGAGGUAGAGGCGGCGCGUGCUGCAGCCGUAGUGGAAGAGAAGGAGAUUUGGAAAGCAAACAAGAUGGCGACGUUGGUACCGGAACCGUCUGCGGAAGCGUGUGCACAGACAAAGGUGGUGCUGAGGACGCCUGAAGGCCCAGCAACGCGGCGCUUUUUGCACGCGUCUCCGUUGCGGUGCGUGUUUGAGUUUGUUGAGGCGCUUACGGGCGAGAAUUCGCGUCUAUUUCAAUUGGCGACUACAUAUCCACGUCAACUCUUUGGAGUAGAUGCAGCUGACAAGACGCUGCAAGAGCUUGGCCUUAGUGACCGCCAAGUAGCGUUGUUUGUUGAGAAGCUAGCAGCGGAUGCGGACAUGGUCGAACCGGGUGAUACAGAAGAUAAAAUGCGCUUGGAGUCAGCACGAGCUGCUCGGGCAUGUACACAGCUACCUCGUGCUUGGGAUGAAGCUCGGCAGAGUUUGGAAAGACGGCUAGAUGCAAGCAUGCACUCCACUACGGUUCCUGCUAUUCAUGCGAUGGAGCCUGCUAUAGCUGUCACGCAGUCUACAGACCAAGCUAUAAAGUGGCAGGCCCAGUUGAGCGAGCUCGAGCAGAUGGGCUUCAUGAAUCGACCACUGAAUAUUGAAGUGCUGGAGAAGUACCAGGGUCGACUGCUGCGCGUUGUGAAUUUCUUGUCCGAGAUGGCGUCUACUAGCGAAGAUAACGGUGUGACCGUAACGGAAGACUAA